ACUAUGCAAAUGUCAUGCAAUUUCGUAAAUUGGUAUUCUUGGUGUGCAUAUUUUUCUUACAGGACAUUUUGAAUAAAAAUGUGUACAAUUAGUACAUAAAAUGGAAUCCGCCAAUGUUGUAAAUGAUUAUAACAAUCAAGACUCAAACGUACAUAAUACUGAAUGGGUACCUCUCAGUCUAACCCUAGUUGAAUAUCCAAAAGGAGAUAUUCUUGGUAAAAUAUUGGCGGUAAUCAGUUUAGCUCCUUUCGGAAUUGGUUCUGGAUUCAUAGCAUUAAUACUUUUUAGACGAGAUCUGCAUACGAUUACAUUCUUCUUGGGUACAUUAUGUUCAGAGUUUGUUAAUCAUUGUUUGAAACAUCUCAUAUGUGAAAAGCGGCCUUUAAGAAGGGAGGAUGUGUAUGUUGAGUAUGGCAUGCCAUCCUCACAUGCUCAGUUUGUGUGGUUUUUUGCGACUUAUAUCAUAUAUUUUGUGGUAAUAAGGUUACACCACAUGAAUAACAACACAAUAAUAGAGAAUGUUUCUAAGUUUUUCAUACUUUCAUCAUCAUUACUCUUAGCUAUAGUGGUGUGCAUCAGUAGGGUUUACUUGCAAUAUCACACAGUGUGGCAGGUCUUAUGUGGUGCUCUUGUAGGAAUUAUAUUUGCCACAUUUUGGUUUGCUCUGACUUACCUAGUAUUCACCCCAUUGUUUCCACAAGUUGUUUCUUGGAGGAUUUCUGAAAUGCUGUUGUUAAGAGAUACCACCCUAAUUCCUAAUGUGUUGUGGUUUGAGUACACCAAUACAAGGCAGGAAGUACGUGCGAGAAGUAGAAAACUAGUCAGCAUGAAAUCCCAAUGACAAUGGUGGAACAUAGGCUUCAAUUAUAGCAGGCAUAAUAUGUUUAGGUGUCUGGAAAUACUAUCUCCCUGGCGUAAAAAACCAUAAACCUUUGAUUUGUCAUAUAUUUUAAUUUAUUUUAUUUAUUGUUUUUGUUAUAAUUUCAUAUUUUACUUAUUUUCAAUUCAAUAGUAUGUGUGUAAGGUUUAAUUUAAUUUUUAAUUUUUAUGAGAGAUUUAAAGGUUUAGCAAUUUAUUUCUUCCGUUUUUGACAAUCAAUCUGUUAAAAUCGUGGGUUGAAGACAUCAACCAGUCAUUUUUUUUUUACUUAGAUGUAGAAGAUUUUAGGAGAAUGCUUUUGAAAAAUUUGAUAUGAAAACUUUUAUAUAAAAUAUUUUUUCUGUAUGUCUGAUCUCCAUUUUCAAAAAUUUUUCACUCUGCAGUUAAACUACAUAUUUAUUUAGAAACAGCACACACCACAGAAUGAAACUUUUAUAUUAUAGUUUGGAGGAUAACUGGCAAGACCAAAAAAGUUCAAAACUUUAUACUUAUUAUACGCAAUUUUUUUUUUUUUUUUGGUGUUUUUGCGUGUUCUUAAACCAAUGAAACAAUCGACCAAACUAUUAGCGAGAUUAAAAAUCUGUAGUGUGCGCAGUCUCUUAAGCUUUGAAGUGAUAAAUAGUGGGCAACUUACAAUAACAAUGUUUUUUAUUAUAACUGUAUGCGGAAACAAGUUAUUCUUUGUGUUUAUCACUUUUUAAAUAAAACCAGUGAAAACGUUUUUU